UCCUGUGACUGUUUCCCAGUGACACAUUAACCCAUGAUCACUGCACAAUCCAGUUUUCUGACACUCCCAUAAGCAGUGUGGGUUCGGGUUACUUCCUGCACAGUCCUGCAAAUAUAAUGCAUUCAGCACGAUUAUAAAUUAGACACGUAAAAUAAUUUUUUGUGGGUUGUUUGUUUGUUUGUUUGUUUUACUAUUGCAAUUAAAAUACGAUUCACGACGGACACAUCUGUAAAGGCACUGCAUCAGUGGGGAGUUUAAUGUAAUGUAUUAUUUAAAAACAACCCCCUGUGAGGUGUUUGGGAAGUGAGGAGCAGGAUGUGUCUCCUCCCCUGGAGAGUUUCACUUCUGCUCCGUCUCUGCUGCUGGAUGUGAAAGCCCGCCAUGCCGGAGCGGAGCGUCUGCGCUGUUUCUCUGCUGCUGUGUGCGGCCGCUGCACUCAGAGCGCACUCUGUACACAAGGCCACAGUGUUCUGGGACCCUGACAAUAAGACGGUCCUGCUGAAGGAUGGGGUUCUGGAUGACACAGGAGAUGCAUACGGUUUCUAUAACGACUCGUUCUCAGAGACAGGAUGGGGCGUGCUGGAGAUCCGCGCCGGGUAUGGGCCAACACCUCGGGCUGAUGACAAAACCUUCUUCCUGGCGGGGUAUCUGGAGGGAUUCCUGACUGCACGGCAGAUGAUCGAUCACUACACUAACAUGUUUCCUCAGCUCAUUACCAGGCGUGACGUCUUGCAGGCUGUCAAGACCUUCAUGAGAAAGCAGAGUGCCUGGUCUCGUCAGCAAGUGAAGCUGAAUAAGACGUCUGAUCCUCUGUGGGCUCACACUGGCUUCAUUCUGGCUCAGCUGGACGGACUGCAGGCUGGAGCGGCCGAGUGGGCCAAACGUUCGGGGAAAAAGGCCCUGUCGCGGUUUGAGGUGCAGUUCCUGAAUGCGGUUGGAGAUCUGUUGGAUUUGAUACAGAUGCUGGUUCCUGAGGCCAAACUUUCACUGAAAGGAUUUAAAGAGCCCCCAAUGGGCCACUGCUCCGCUCUCAUCAAGAUCUUACCAGGCUAUGAGAACCUGUUGUUCGCUCACUCCAGCUGGUACGUUUAUGCUGCCACAAUGCGCAUCUUCAAACACUGGGACUUUAAAGUGAAGGAACCACACACUGCUACUGGGAAACUCUCCUUCAGCAGCUACCCUGGCUUCCUGGUGUCUCUGGAUGAUUUUUACCUGUUGGGCAGUGGGCUGAUGAUGACUCAGACCACCAACAAUGUUUUUAACCAGUCACUCUACAAGUCAGUGUCGCCCUCCAGCCUGUUCUCCUGGCAGAGAGUCCGGCUAGCCCACGCCCUUGCACACACUGGCCAAGAGUGGGCGGAGACAUUUUCACGUUUCAACUCUGGGACAUAUAAUAAUCAGUACAUGGUCGUGGAUGUAAGUAAAGUGUCCCUGGGCUCGAGACUCAACGAUGGUGCUCUGACUAUAGUGGAGCAGAUCCCUGGACUGGUGGAAUAUUCAGAUCAAACGGAGGCUCUGCGCUUCGGUUACUGGCCGUCCUACAAUGUGCCGUUCCACCAGAGGAUCUACACCCUGAGCGGUUAUGAGGAGAUGUGGAUGGAGUAUGGAGAGGAUUAUUCCUACGAACUCUGUCCUCGAGCCAAGAUCUUCCGCCGGGAUCAGGCAUCCGUCACUGAUCUGCCGUCACUCAAACACAUCAUGAGAUCCAACGACUAUAAGAAAGAUCCGUACUCGAAGGGUGACCCCUGUAAGUCCAUCUGCUGCCGCGGUGAUCUGCGGGAGUCCAACCCCGUACCUGAAGGGUGUUAUGACACCAAGGUGACUGACUUGCGCAUGGCUCAGCACUUCAUCUCUGAGGCUCUGAAUGGGCCGAGCACAGAGGGCGGUCUUCCUCCUUUCACCUGGGAUGGAUUUAACAGUACAACACAUCAGGGCCUGCCACGCCUCUAUAACUACACCUUCGUCACCAUGCACCCAGUGCUGUUCACUCCCUGAGCCACCUAUGUAGGGCAGGAAGUGAGCAAAGAGCAGGGCAAAGAGCAAAAAAUUUUCCUGUUUUUUUUUUUUUGUCACCUUCAUUUCAUUUGUUAAUGUACAGCCAUUCCUGCAUUUCAGUCCUGCAACACAUUCCAAGGAAAAGUUGUAAUGGGGGCAAUUUAGGGCGAGUAAUGAGGUAAAACAAUUAAAUAAUGAUGUCAUUUGAAGAUGAUAUCAACAAGUGAGUCUAAUCAUGAUUUGGUACAAAAGCAGUAUCCAGGAAAGGCCGAGUCUGCGUUCCAAUAGUUUUAUUGUUUAGGAAGGUUCCUAACUGAGUGAAAUGACCCAGAAAUAUCAAAGUGGCAGCCAUGAUGAGAGUUCCGUGGAUUCGCUAAAUGCUAAGGAAAGCUGCUUCAGUGCUGCCUUUCAUGUCUCCUUCAGCACAGAGCAUCAUGAUUCCUUAGAGCAGCAACAUUUUAAAGCAAUGCACCAUUCAUUGAAAUAAAGAAAUAAUUAUAUAAAUAAUAAAAUAUGAAACAAUAAAUUAUUAAUAAAUCAAAUAAUCAUAUAAUAUUUGGGAUUCAUGUCGAUGAAGAUGAGUGGACAGGAAGAUGAGCGUGAGCAAGCAUUCUCAAUGUGAUGAUCAUUUCAUUUUAGUUCUGUGACUGGUAACAUUUAUUCCUUUUUUAUUUCAAUUCCCACUUUGGUCAUGAAGCCAUAUUUUUCACAGUGUUGUCCACAUUUAUACAGCCUGCACGAAACAACACAGUAAGAACAUAAGGGGAGAAGAUGUGCUUUUUCUCGCUGAUCUUCAGAACAUUGUAGUUUCACACAGCAGACCCACAUCAAUAACAUGUGCUAUCGCUAGCCUAGUGGAAGUGCAGCCCGAUUCUCUGAGCACCACAGUUACCUUUUCCUACAUCCUCAUGAAUUCUCCUUCACUCUUGUUCUUGACCUCAUUAUGUUUUCCAUUGAGGUCAAGGAAAAGCAGUUAGGAAAGGACAAAGGAUGGACGAUUGGAAUGCAGCUCUCGUCUUUGAGGAGUAAAGAUGGGCCGAUCUUCAGUUUGUCAACAGACGCAUGAUAAAAUUAUUGAGAUGUUUAAAAACAAUGUUCCUCAAAGAAAGAUAGGAAGGGAUUUGGAUAUUUCACCCUCUAUGGUGCAUAAUAUCAUUAAACCAUUCAAGGAAUCUGGAGGAGUUUCAGUGUGUAAAGGGCUCAAGCCUAAUCUGAACCCCUGUGAUCUCCGAUCCCUCACUGCAUCAGGAACCGUCAUUCAUCUACAGCUGAUAGAACCACAUGGCUCAGGAUUACUUUGGAAAACCUUUAUUAAGCUAUAAUACAGAUUUACAUCCACAAACACCAGUUAAAACUUUACUGUGCAAAAAGGAAGCCUUAUGUUAACUGUGUCCAGAAGCGCCGUCGACUUCUCUGGGCUUGAAAGCAUCUGGGAUGGACCAUCACACAGUGGGAAUGUGUACUGUGGUCAGAUAAAUCAGUGUUCUAGGUCUUUUUUGGAAGAAAUGGACGCCAUGUGCACUGAAGAGGAAAAGGACCAUCCAGACUGUUAGCAGGAACAAGUCCAAAAGCCAGGGUGUGUCAUGGUAUGGGGUUGGGUCAGUGCCCUUGGCAAAGGUAACUUACAUUUCUGUGAUGGAGCAUUAAUGCAGAAAAGUACACUGAGAUUUUGGAGCAACAUCUGCUGCCUUCAAGACGACGUCUUUUCCAGGGAGAUUUCAACAAGACGAUGCAAAACCACAUUCUCCACACGUUACAAAGGCGUGGCUGUGGAAGAAGAGGGCGUGUCCCCUCUGUCCCCAAUAGAGAAUGUGUGGAGAAUUUAGAAAUGAUAAAUAUGACAGUGACGACCCCGAACUGUUACACACCUUAAGACCUGUUUACGGGAAGUACGGGACAAAAAUAGCACCUGAAACACUUCAUCACUUGGAGUCUUCAGUCCAUCAACAUCUUUUAAGUGUCGGGAGAAGGAACGGGAACAUUAUAAAGUGGGAAAUGCUUUACUGUAACAACUUUUUUUUUUAAAUGUGUUGCAAGAAUCAGAAUUGAAAUGGGUUUAUUAAAAAAAAUGAAAUUAAUGAGGUAAAAUAACGUGCUGUUGUAUUGUUAGAGUGAAAUACAGAUCAAAGGUUAUUAUUUACAAAUCACUGUUUUCAGUUUUAAUUUCAACUUUUUACUUUCUGUGUCUCAACUUUCUCUGAUUUGGGUUUGUACUAGAUUUAUUAUUCUGCUGCAAUUAAAAGAGCCUGUGAAAUAGUGUGUGUUCAUGCUGGAUAAAUUAACACUGUAUGUUCAGAAAAUUUGGGUAAAUGUGUCACAGCUCUCACUGAAGUUAAACGUGUUUGUUUUCAUAUCAAUCAGUAAAGACUCGAUGUUUAAAUACAAUAA